UGUCCCCUUCUGAAGAUUCCUAUCGAGAUUCGCAUGAAAAUCUACCACCUUGUUCUCAAGGUCGCCGGCUUUCGCCUGCUUGUCGGUACUCAGUCGCUCUCUGUCUACGACGACAAGAUUCCUUCUUGGGAAUCUCGCUCUCAGGAUGCCCUUAGAAUGCCCCCCCUCAACGAAGUCCUUGCAUUGCUCUCGGUGAACAAGCAAGUCUACAACGAAACCAUGCCUGAGUUCUACCAAGAGAAUCACUUUCAGUUCAGAGACAUGGGUAGCAUGAAGAACUUUCUUCACAACAUCGGUCCUGAGAGAAGAAAGCACAUGCGC